AUGUCCGGCCAAGGCGCGGCAGUCGGAGGAGGAGGUGCCCAAGCAGGACAAGCUGUGGAUCAAGCAGCACAUGGAGCAGCAGACCAAGCUGCUGAAAGAAGAAUAUUUGGUAGCAACAAGCCACCCAAGUACGAGGAGGAGGGCGGCUUCGACUUGUACAAGGUGAUGCUGCGGUCAUACUUGACGCAGAGAGGUUGCUGGCGUAUCGUCGACGGAACAGAGGCACGAUAUCCGAACGACGUAGACCUUCAACGCCAAUACGACGAACGAGAUGAACUCGCACGUGACGCUAUUCCACGAGGCGUGCUCACCAAGGACGCAUCUCAGAUCUGCAACUUCGAAUAUGCUCACGAGAUGUGGGAUGCGUUUGAGCGAGACAAGACUAAGCGCGCUUUCUUAAACGCACUACUGCUGAGAAAGAAGCUCUACUCCUACUCCUUCACGUCCGACAUGAGCAUGAAGUCUUACCUAGACGAGUUGGAGCACAUGAGGCGACAACUUCGAAACAUGAACGAUCCAUCGCAGAUGAUGAAAUGGUGA